UUAACAUACGACACUCUCAUUGGUUUAACCUUCGAAGGCAGAGAGAUGUAAACGAAGUGGAUUUCUGCAAGUUGUCGGGAUACACGGACUGUACUUUAGAAGCACAAUGAGAGUUGUAAUAGGCGGAGGAUCAGGGUUUGUGGGUCGUGAGCUGACACGGUUGUUGAAAAGCAAAGGUCAUGAAAUCACACUUAUAUCCAGGCAGCCUGGCCCAGGAAAAAUGACAUGGGCGGAUGUAGAGUCAGGAGGCCUCCCGCCAUGUGAGGGCGCUGUGAAUCUAGCAGGGGAGAAUAUUAUGAAUCCUUUAAGAUGGUGGAAUGAAAGUUACAAAAAUGAUCUGGUCUCCAGCCGAGUAAACACAACCAGAAUUCUUGCCCAAGCUAUUGCUGCUUCACCUACUCCACCACAUUCAUGGGUGCUUGUUACAGGAGUAGGUAAAUAA